AGCCCUCUUGCUGACAUGCCAUGCACACGGAAGAUAUCUAGAGAGAAAGGGAGGGAGGGAGGGAGAAGGAUGGGAAAAAUGUUGUUGUCAAAACCUUCACUGGUGCCAGCCUUCUGCUGGGAGGAAGGAAAACCUUGUGGGAAAAAAAUCAUCUCUAGCUUGAAAGCAGGAGAGAAUAAACUGGUUUGUGUGACAGAUGGGAAUUCAUUCUUGGGUUCUCAUAUAGUCAAAGAGCUCCUUUCUCGUGGCCACCUUGUUCGAGUCACCGUUCAUAACCAAGUGGAUUUUGAGGACUUGAAAGGGCUGAUCAAAGAAGAAGACAUGAAUAAACUAGAGAGUGUUGUUGUAGCAAAGAUGAAAGACCUGGACAGUCUUUGUGAUGCUUUUAGUGGUUGUCAUGCAGUUUUCCACACCUCCUCCUUCCUUGAUCCACAUGGGAUCACAGGUUACUCAGAACAAAUGGCAUUUCUUGAAACUGAGGGUGCAAGGAAUGUUAUUGAAGCAUGUGGCAGGGCAGCAUACAGAAGAAGAUGUAUCUUCACUUCUUCUCUUCUUGCUUCCACUUGGACUUCUUCCAAUUUAGACAGGGUUAUUGAUGAGAGUUGUUGGAGCAGUGAGGAAUUUUGCAGAGAAAACAAGCUUUGGCUUGCAUUAGGUAAGAUGAGAGCGGAAAAGAUUGCUUGGAGGAAGUCAAAAGAAAUGAAAGUGAAACUUGUAACUGUUUGCCCUGGCCUUCUCAUAGAUUCAUCGUUCCCCCAUGAUCACAAAGAAACCUCUUUUCCAUAUCUUAAAGGUGGUUCGAUCAUGCUCCGACAAGGUCUACUAGCUUUAGCAGAUGUAGGGAAGGUGGCAGAAGCACAUGUCCGUGUUUAUGAAGCUAUGGAUAAUGGAGCUUACGGACGAUAUCUUUGCUUUGAAAGAGUGGUACAAAGGUUGGAUGAAGCCAUUCAACUUGAAAAUGAGUUGAAGAUACAAGGUUUAUUGUCAGAAGGAACAAGUAGAAUCAUAUCAGAAGAAAUACAAAGCAAUCUUAGCAAUUCAAAGCUUAACAGAUUGUUAUUUGCAGCCCCUCACAUGUCUUGCAAUCAAUGAAACACCAAUCCACCAUUUUCUAUUUACAUGUUGUGGAAUCCAAGUGCCAAAGCAAUAAAAAAUGAACAUGAAAUUACUUUUCUACCA